UAAUUGAGCAAAACCAAACACAAAUCAAUACUAAGCCGAAACACAUCAUCAAGAACAAACCACCACCAGAAAUUGAUUCCCUUCCCUUUUUCCUCUUAAGCCCAUAUCGCAAUUCCUCUCUCUCCUCUUUCUCUCUCUUCUGGGCCCUAUUUUCCCAAGUCACGAAACGAAGACUUGAUCUUUUAGCUUUGCUCUGGUUUUGUUUCAAUCGAAUUUUUUGACGAGUAUGUACUUGAUUUAUCAAUCAAUGACCCGCAAUAUUUGCUCGGUUUUCCUCCGUUUGUCUGCACUUGUGUACGGAUAGCUUUGGUUUUGUAUGCGUACUCGUAUACCUUUACUGGGUUUUGGUUCUGGAUGCUACUCUCUGUAUCGAUGCCUUUUUUUUAUAGGGAGAAUGCCAGCUGGGUUUUCUAGAUCGUGUCCAGAUCUCAGCAAUUUGUGAUCUGGCUCAAUUGUUUGGGAAUCUUUCGUUAGAUUAAAUUGGCAUGAAAUCGAAAUUUGAGAUGAGAAUUAAUUAUUGGGACUAGAUCGCUGAGUUAUACGGGGGGUCGGAAUCGAUAUUAUGACCUGCUUGCCGCAUCUCACAAACAUCCUUAACCACUGAGGGUGUGGUGCCGUCUGGUUUUUAAUUGUUGAUUGGUACUUUUGAGUUCACUCAAAGUCGAAGAACAUUGUUGUUUGUUGCUCUAAGCCAUGAUUAAAAAUAUUCUGAAUAAGCUCCCACGGAAACAGGCCAAAUUAGCAGAAAAUCGGGAUGGAGGGUCCUCUAAUUUCUCUUCAAAUACAUCAACUACUUCGAGAAACAGUUCUGCUACAGGUUCCAAGUCAGGCAACUCAAAUGCUACAGUUCUUUCUGGGAUCAGUUCAUCUCAGAACUCUGGUCUAAACAAUGGAAACAAACGCCACGACUUAUGGAAUAUAAAGGUGAAUGCAAACGCAGGGCCUGUUCCGUUCGAGGCUUUACCUAGUUUUAAAGAUGUACCGAACGCUGAGAAGCAGAACUUAUUUAUCAAAAAGCUGAGUUUGUGUUGUGUAGUAUUCGACUUCACCGAUCCCACAAAGAAUCUGAAAGAGAAAGACAUCAAACGGCAGACUUUGGUUGAACUCCUUGACUACGUCACUUCGGCAAACGGAAAAUUCAACGAAACUGUCGUGCAAGAGAUUGUGAGAAUGGUAUCCGUAAAUUUGUUCCGUCCGCUCUCUACUCAGUCUCGUGAAAACAAAGUUGUGGAAGGUUUUGAUUUGGAAGAAGAGGAGCCCUUAAUGGAACCCUCAUGGCCCCACUUGCAAAUUGUCUACGAAUUCUUUCUCAGAUUUGUAACUUCCGCCGAGACAGAUGCAAAGCUGGCAAAGCGAUACGUCGACCACUCUUUUGUUCUGAGGUUAUUGGAUCUCUUCGAUUCAGAAGAUCAUAGAGAAAGGGAGUACUUAAAGACUGUUCUGCACCGCAUAUAUGGAAAGUUCAUGGUGCAUCGACCUUUCAUUAGAAAGACGAUAAACAAUAUAUUCUUCCGUUGUAUUUUCGAGACGGAGAAGCAUAACGGGAUCGCUGAGCUGUUGGAAAUAUUGGGAAGUAUUAUAAAUGGAUUUGCGUUGCCGUUGAAAGAAGAGCACAAACUCUUUCUUGUGCGGGCGCUCAUUCCUCUUCACAAACCAAAGUGCAUACCAAUGUACCAUCAGCAGCUAACUUAUUGCAUCACACAAUUUGUUGAGAAGGAUUGCAAACUUGCUGAUACAGUCAUAAGGGGGUUACUCAAAUAUUGGCCAAUCACGAAUAGUUCAAAGGAGGUCAUGUUCUUGGGUGAGCUUGAAGAAGUGUUGGAAGCAACUCAGCCCCCUGAGUUCCAGCGUUGUAUGGUUCCUCUGUUCCGCCAGAUUGGUCGUUCCCUGAGCAGUUCGCAUUUUCAGGUGGCAGAAAGGGCACUCUUUUUAUGGAACAAUGACCAUAUCGAGAACAUGAUCAAACAAAAUCGAAAAGUUAUACUGCCAAUCAUCUUCCCCGCACUGGAGAAGAACGCUAGAAACCACUGGAAUCAGGCAGUGCAGAGCUUGACUCUCAAUGUACGCAAAAUCUUUGCUGACGUGGACCCCGAGCUGUUUGAGGAGUGUUUGCUCAGUUUCCAAGAAGACGAAGCACAAGAAGGUGAAACUAAGACGAAACGUGAAGCAACAUGGAAACGCUUAGAGGACAUAGCUACAAUGAAGGCAACCAGUAAUAACAGGACAUCUGGCUGAAAAACGGAGGGGCUUUUGUUUCUAGUCCCACCGUUGUCUUUUGACUUUCUGAUUGGUAUUUUUUGAUCGUGGAUGGGUAUAAAUAUAGUGGGCUCCGAGGUGGAAUUAUGAAAUGGAAGUGCUGGUGCGUAUUUUAUUGGUUGCUUUCUUGUUAUGCUUCCGGUUUUUUUAAAUUCCAUCAGCUCGUGCUGGAUGAAGUAUAAUACCGAUUCUGUCCCUGAUAUGAUCAACCUCGUUUUUGAAAUAGAAAAUCGGGACUGUACAUACAUAAUUGGGCAGCCAUCUACAGGGGGUUUUAGAUUCUUCACCGGAACUUCAUUGGCAAAUUUGACGUUUUUUUCUCCUUUUUUUUUUUUUUUUUUUUUUUUUUCGUCUUAGCUUUUAGAAUGAUGUUGAAAUCAAGACUUGUAUUAUUCUCUCUUGCUGGAACUCUGCGAUUGUACAAGUUAUAAAACAGUACAAGAAUGUAGCAUAUUCCUUGUUUCACUAAGCCAAGGGCUUUUCUUGUGACUUGUUAUAUUUUCCUAACUGCUUUUAUUA